UUCUUAAAAUUUUUAUAUGAAAAAGUUGCAAAGACAAAAAAGACUGUCGUCAAUGUUAACAGAUAGUGUGUUUAUGUCAAAUUAAAAUCACAAGACUCAGGGAAAUUGGGCUUUUCCAUACAGGGCUUUUCAGGGAAAUUGGGCUUUUCCAUCAAGAUGAAGAUAGUGUGUUCUUAUCUAUACAGGGCUUUUCCAUGGGUUCUGUUCUAUAAUUUUCCAAACCAACUUUUUCUUAUAGUCUGCAGUAGGAAGCACACAUGACAUGAAGACUAAUCUUAGGAGCUUGACUUUGUUAAUGUCUUCAAUUUACCUAGGGAAAUUGGACACUUGAGACUUGGCAUCCCUUGUAUUCUUAUGGAAUCCUUUGGCAAUAAUCACCUGUGUUGGCUCAUCAACAUCACCAAUUGACAAUUUGAUGGUCGUAUUGGCCAUCUAUGGAGCUUGUUCACGAAACUAGUAUGAACAUGCGAUGGUGGCCAAAAAUGUGGUCACAAGAAAGUCAUAGGAGUUGUUAAUAAACAAGGAAGACUAAAGGUAUAGUUCCCUUGGCAGCCUUUGGAUGGGUUAUGGCGACACACUUGUCACUUUAUCCUGCAAUCCUGAUUGUACCGGAUAUCUCCCUUCAGACAUCUCAUUGGCUUCUUUUACGUGUGAGAUAUGACAAACCAUGGCAUGAGUGCCUUGAUCUGCAAUCAUUUAUGGACUUGGUACUACAUUCAAGUAACGGAAACACACUAAAAACAGUACUUAUGCUUGCCGAUCAAAUGAUCAAUCGAGUUGAAUAUAUGCAUGCGAAGGGCUUCCUUCACAUAAAGAUGGUUCAAUUUUCUACAAAGAACCUUUUGCUUGACUAAUUUAAGGAAAAGUACAAUCUCUUGGUGCUAAGAUAUUAGUUUGGAUUGUGAAAAUUUUCAAUGUAGGGUGUGGAUAUAUGUGCGAGAUAUUAGUUAUGAAAUGUGAAUAUUGAAUUUAUGGAAGUUUCUUUAAAUGUUUGUGAAAUUUGGAUUGUAAAAUUUUUGAAUGUAGUGUAUGGAUGUAUGCGAGAUACUAGAUA